GGGUCCAGACAGCCUCCCAAGACGAAGAGAGUGAAGAUAUGUCAGGAGGACGUGGCUCAGCAGACAUGGAUGACUUGCAGGACCUGCCUGAACUGCCGGUGAGUUUGGACUCCAGACAUUCACCUUAAAGGAAUAUUGUUUUUGUGCAUCUCUGCAGGAUUUUCAAUUGAUUCCCUGUGUCAUUUCAUGUUCCCUGUGUCAUUUCAUGUUUUCAUGGGUAUCUGAGUUAUUGACGUUCAAGCAGGCAGAAAUCCUGCCGGUAUGACACAGCACUGUGAUAAAGUCGCUGUCACUACACUGGAAGAUAAUAGGAAUACAACUGUUAGAUUGCGAAAACGUCUAUCAUACAUGUUAGAUUUCAAUACUGGCCUAUGUCAUAACUCGGGAGGAUAUCUUCUCUCGAAUGAGCCAUUGAUCAGAUUUUUACAAUAUUCCUACCUCAAGAAAUGUGUAAUUUAACGGAUGGUCUAGCACAUUUCUCCUAUUUGUCUGCCUCUUUAAUCCAGGGUGCAUUGCAUGGUGCCGUUGCCAGAGAUAUUAUAGAAAGGAGAUAGGAAUCCAAUGAAUGAAGGAACGUAUAAGGACCCACCCAGCACACUGUCGACCAAUUGCGUUCACGUUGUCAUGCUGCGUCACGCGGUUGCUAAGCUAAUCGUCACGCAAUCCCUUCUCAAAGUCAGUGUAUAUGUCGAGAAACGUGCCUAUUUUCCUCAAAUAUGUAAUGUCACAAUUCUAAAGCUAAACGAUACUACAGAUAGCACGUUAAUUGUUUGGGGAAAUAUUUGUAAUGUUGUACUUCUUGUUGACAAAAUUUGUGCACAUGUUGGGUUUUGGGGCUAGCACCCAAUAGACUCUGAUUCACUCCUUGAAGGAGAGCGCUUCUUGUCCCAGAAUGCACGGCACGGCCCAUUGACGUAGCAUGGGCAAUGUUUCCCAUGUCCUCAAAAGUAUAUCUGCCGUUGCAAAUGUUAGACUCCACUCUGUGAGGCACUUCGAUCUGCAGGUUGAACAUGGUGAGAUUGUAGACUCCUAAAUUGAUAGCUGUAAAAUCGCCUAAAACUGCACUAACUAGCUACAUUACAUGCUGAUAUUGUCUUUGGUAUUAUUGUGUGUAGCUAUGUUUGCUUGCUAGCUACUAGCCAGCCAGCCCAUAGAGAGAGCAUUGCAUUGUGGAUUUUGUAGUCGACUUGAGCUACAACAGAUUUCCGCAAUGAUUUUCCAUGUUGCUACCAACCUUAUUAUAACGCAAAAAUGAAACAUUUGUUUUAAAAAAUAUAUUGUUAUUUAACACUGUAAAUUGAAGGAAUGAGUGGUUUUGGGUGGAUUUUUCCUUUAACCUCAUACCUUGCCAGGCACUAAAGUUGGCACUACCUGUCAUAAUUUGUUUCUAAGUGUUUUGAGACUGAAAGAAGAGUUAACAUGUCAUUCGUGUGUGUGUGUUACUUUCACAGAUCAAGAAGGCAAGGCAUGAGCUCAACGUUGGACUGGACAAAGAGCCACAGUCAGUUUUUAAUUGUUUAUUUCUAACAGUCGAUGCUUUUUAACAUAGCCCAUUUCGUCUCCUCUGGAAAGCCACUCCGAAUUACAUUUACAUCAUUUAGCAGACGCUCUUAUCCAGAGCGACUUACAAAUUGGUGCAUUCAGCUUAAGCUAGCCAGUGGGAAAACCACUUCUUUUUUUUGGGGGGGGGGGUGGGGGAAGAAGGAUUACUUUUAUACUAUUCCUGGAAUAUUCUGGAAUGAAUGAGAUCUAUGUUCUGAUAACAGGUGACUGAAAGAGCAGACAUUUGAGAGGGUCUGUCAGCUUUUUCAGCAUUCUCACAAACUAGAAGAUCAUUUUGUGAUUGUUUCCUGUUGUGGUUCGUACAGCGGUGUGUUGUGUUUGUGUUUUUACUGUGUUUAUGUUCUUAUUCAUGGCCUUUCAAAGAUUAUUAUAUGGUUGGCUAGACUGAUAAAUGUAUUACUGAAUAGUUUGAUGGUCCAGUUUUACUUGACUCUCAUUACCACAGGUAGUGCUGUCUGUGGGUAGUAAAUAGGCCUGUGAUAUUUGGUAAAUGGAUGUUGAUUUGUUUUUUAGGGGAUUGGGUGGUGAUGACCAGAGCCCCCCUACUCUCUUGGGCUCAGGAGAUCAGGAUGACUCCUUCUCCUCCUUGUCUAAUGCCCAGCUUGAUGGAGGUGAGUGGAAGAAAAGAAAGCCUGAGAAAGAAAUGGCUCUGAAAAAAAUGCUCAUCCAUCUAUUGCAGGGCCUAAAAUUUACUUUUUGAUCCACCACCCACUGUGGCAGGUAGAUUACGAAAUCCACCACCCACUGUGGCAGGGAGAUUACGAAGUCUACCAGCCACUCACAAAACGGAUGACCAUGCAUUGUGAUGUUUCUAAGACAAUAAAUGUAUUAGAAAGAAGUAAUGUGGUAUAUUGCUAAAUUUCAUUUCAUUUUUGUUGACUCUUUUAACUAACAUAUCAGAAACAAAAUGUUCAGCUGCCCCUUUAAGAUUCCUGUUGUUUGUGUGUGUGAUUUGGGAUCUGACUAGGGCGUCUCUUCGCUAUCAGUUGAAGCAGCAGACUCAAACUAACGUUGAAAAACAACCAACCUUGUGAGCAAAACAGUGUGAAUAGCCAAGAAACACGAGGACAAAGUCUCACUUUGUAGAUUUUCAAGUAAAUUAGACAGAAUUGUAUGCCAGUGCCUCCAAAAAUUAAUCUAUCAGCACUGCACUGCACUUCACUGCCAGGCAGGGUUGCUGCGCGAGGUGGGAUAUAGGAUUUGUAUUUCUUUGUGUGAUUAGCAGCUAUGAAACAAAACAGCAGAAAUACUUUGAAAACAGCUACUGCAGCAUUUUUCUAACCCUAACUCGCACGUGCACAUACAUGACUUUUGAAUAUUUUCACAUUUGCGAAUGUACUGCUUGCACAGUAGAGCCCUGCAAAUUGACCACCUGCCAAAGUAGCUGGUGAAAUAGACAUUCUUACCCGCCAAUACCUACAUCUACCCACAUUUGGUGGGUGUUCAUUUUAUGCCCUGAUCUAUUGAGUGGGUGGGGAUAUAACGAAUAGAUGAAACUUGUAGAUGGAGUUAGUGAACAUACAGUUGUCGGAUGUUUACAUACACUUAGGUUGGAGACAUUAAAACUUGUUUUUCAACCACUCCACUGAUUUCUUGUUAAAAAACUGUAGUUUUGUUAAGUCGGUUUGGACAUCUACUUUGUGCAUGACACAAGUAAUUUUUCCAACAAUUGUUUACAGACAGAUUAUUUCACUUAUAAUUCACUGUAUCACAAGUCCAGUGGGUUAGAAAUUUACAUACACUAAGUUGACUGUGCCUUUAAACAGCUUGGAAAAUUCCAGAAAAUGAUGUCAUGGCUUUAGAAGCUUCUGAUAGGCUAAUUGACAUAAUUUGAGUCAGUUGGAGGUGUACCUGUGGAUGUAUUUCAAGGCCUACCUUCAAACUCAGUGCCUCUUUGCUUGACAUCAUGAGAAAAUCAAAAGAAAUCAGCCAAGAAAUUGUAGACCUCCACAAGUCUGGUUCAUCCUUGGGAGCAAUUUCCAAACGCCUGAAGGCACCACGUUCAUCUGUACAAACAAUAGUACGCAAGUAUAAACACCAUGGGACCACGCAGCCGUCAUACCGCUCAGGAAGGAGACGCGUUCUGUCUCCUAGAGAUGAACGUACUUUGGUGCGAAAAGUGCAAAUCAAUCCCAGAACAACAGCAAAGGACCUUGUGAAGAUGCUGGAGGAAACAGGUACAAAAGUAUCUACAGUGAGGGAAAAAAGUAUUUGAUCCCCUGCUGAUUUUGUGCGUUUGCCCACUGACAAAGAAAUGAUCAGUCUAUAAUUUUAAUGGUAGGUUUAUUUGAACAGUGAGAGACAGAAUAACAACAAAAAAAUCCAGAAAAACGCAUGUCAAAAAUGUUAUAAAUUGAUUUGAAUUUUAAUGAGGGAAAUAAGUAUUUGACGACCUCUCAAUCAGAAAGAUUUCUGGCUCCCAGGUGUCUUUUAUACAGGUAACAAGCUGAGAUUAGGAGCACUCCCUUUAAGAGUGUGCUCCUAAUCUCAGUUUGUUACCUGUAUAAAAGACACCUGUCCACAGAAGCAAUCAAUCAAUCAGAUUCCAAACUCUCCACCAUGUCCAAGACCAAAGAGCUCUCCAAGGAUGUCAGGGACAAGAUUGUAGACCUACACAAGGCUGGAAUGGGCUACAAGACCAUCGCCAAGCAGCUUGGUGAGAAGGUGACAACAGUUGGUCCGAUUAUUAUUAUUAUCCAUAUACAAAUGGAAGAAACACAAAAGAACUGUCAAUCUCCCUCGGCCUGGGGCUCCAUGCAAGAUCUCACCUCGUGGAGUUGCAAUGAUCAUGAGAACGGUGAGGAAUCAGCCCAGAACUACAUGGGAGGAUCUUGUCAAUGAUCUCAAGGCAGCUGGGACCAUAGUCACCAAGAAAAUAAUUGGUAACACACUACGCCGUGAAGGACUGAAAUCCUGCAGCGCUCACAAGGUCCCCCUGCUCAAGAAAGCACAUAUACAGGGCCGUCUGAAGUUUGCCAAUGAACAUCUGAAUGAUUCAGAGGAGAACUGGGUGAAAGUGUUGUGGUCAGAUGAGACCAAAAUCGAGCUCUUUGGCAUCAACUCAACUCGCCGUGUUUGGAGGAGGAGGAAUGCUGCCUAUGACCCCAAGAACACCAUCCCCACCGUCAAACAUGGAGGUGAAACAUUAUGCUUUGGGGGUGUUUUUCUGCUAAGGGGACAGGACAACUUCACUGCAUCAAAGGGACGAUGGACGGGGCCAUGUACCGUCAAAUCUUGGGUGAGAACCUCCUUCCCUCAGCCAGGGCAUUGAAAAUGGGUCGUGGAUGGGGAUUCCAGCAUGACAAUGACCCAAAACACACGGCCAAGGCAACAAAGGAGUGGCUCAAGAAGAAGCACAUUAAGGUCCUGGAGUGGCCUAGCCAGUCUCCAGACCUUAAUCCCAUAGAAAAUCUGUGGAGGGAGCUGAAGGUUCGAGUUGCCAAACGUCAGCCUCGAAACCUUCAUGACUUGGAGAAGCUCUGCAAAGAGGAGUGGGACAAAAUCCCUCCUGAGAUGUGUGCAAACCUGGUGGCCAACUACAAGAAACGUCUGAACUCUGUGAUUGCCAGCAUGGGUUUUGCCACCAAGUACUAAGUCAUGUUUUGCAGAGGGGUCAAAUACUUAGUGGGGAGAACAAGUAUUUGAUACACUGCUGAUUUUUGCAGGUUUUCCUACUUACAAAGCUUGUAGAGGUCUGUAAUUUUUAUCAUAGGUACACUUCAACUGUGAGAGACGGAAUCUAAAACAAAAAUCCAGAAAAUCACAUUUUUUAAAGUUAUUAAUUUGCAUUUUAUUGCAUGACAUAAGUAUUUGAUCGCCUACCAACCAGUAAGAAUUCCGGCUCUCACAGACUUGUUAGUUUUUCUUUAAGAAGCCCUCCUGUGCUCCACUCAUUACCUGUAUUAACUGCACCUGUUUGAACCCGUUACCUGUAUAAAAGACAGCUGUCCACACACUCAAUCAAACAGACUCCAACCUCUCCACAAUGGCCAAGACCAGAGAGUUGUGUAAGGACAUCAGGGAUAGAAUUGUAGACCUGCACAAGGCUGGGAUGGGCUACAGGACAAUAGGCAAGCAGCUUGGUGAGAAGGCAACAACUGUUGGCGCAAUUAUUAGAAAAUGGAAGAAGUUCAAGAUGACGGUCAAUCACCCUCGGUCUGGGGCUCCAUGCAAGAUCUCACCUCAUGGGGCAUCAAUGAUCAUGAGGAAGGUGAGGGAUCAGCCCAGAACUACACGACAGGACCUGGUCAAUGUCCUGAAGAGAGCUGGGACCACAGUCUCAAAGAAAACCAUUAGUAACACACUACGCCGUCAUGGAUUAAAAUCCUGCAGCGCUCGCAAGGUCCCCCUGCUCAAGCCAGCGCAUGUCCAGGCCCGUCUGAAGUUUGCCAAUGACUAUCUGGAUGAUCCAGAGGAGGAAUGGGAGAAGGUCAUGUGGUCUGAUGAGACAAAAAUAGAGCUUUUUGGUCUAAACUCCACUCGCCGUGUUUGGAGGAAGAAGAAGGAUGAGUACAACCCCAAGAACACCAUCCCAACCGUGAAGCAUGGAGGUGGAAACAUCGUUCUUUGGGGAUGCUUUUCUGCAAAGGGGACAGGACGACUACACCGUAUUGAGGGGAGGAUGUAUCGCGAGAUCUUGGCCAACAACCUCCUUCCCUCAAUAAGAGCAUUGAAGAUGAGUCGUGGCUGGGUCUUCCAGCAUGACAACGACCCGAAACACACAGCCAGGGCAAAUAAGGAUUGGCUCCGUAAGAAGCAUCUCAUGGUCCUGGAGUGGCCUAGCCAGUCUCCAGACAUGAACCCAAUAGAAAAUCUUUGGAGGGAGCUGAAAGUCCGUAUAUACUAUUAUUCUGACAUUUCACAUUCUUAAAAUAAAGUGGUGAUCCUAACUGACCUAAGACAGGGAAUUUUUACUCAGAUUUAAAUGUCAGGAAUUGUGAAAAACUGAGUUUAAAUGUAUGUGGCUAAGGUGUAUGUAAACUUCUGACUUCAACUGUAAGUGGUAGUUCACUCAUUGACGUAGAUGGUUGACUGUUGUCUUUUGAUUUCAGUGAGCAGGGACCAGUCUGGUCCAGACAGAGGAGGAGCGGGGCCUCAGGCUUGUGACGAGUCCAUGAACCCCUACACACACACUGGUAUGAGCACAACACCCUACACCAGGGUUCCCCAAACUCAGUCCUGGGGACCCCAAGGGGUGCACAUUUUGGUUUUUGCAAAACCAAACCGUGCACCCCUUGGGGUCCCCAGGACUGAGUUUGGGAAACGCUACCCUACACACACGCCGGUACGAGCAAAACACUCCUUGGGUCUACACACGCUUUUAAUUUGUCAUAGUGAGACCAUGUUUUGUAAAACAUGUUUAAGCUGAGGCUUGGCUACCAUUGUUCAUGUUUUUCCAGCGGUGACCUGCAAAGAGCUUACCAUGACAACAGCCUCUGAAUAUAACUCCCACAUCUACCAUGGAAGCAGGUGAGUAUCCUCUGCUGUCAUGAUGGGUUAUUCAGUGUUUCCUGGUCCUGGAGACCCAAAGGGGUGCACAUUUAUUUUAUCCCUAGCAAUAACACACCUGAUAAAAAAAAAUAGAAGGCUUGAUGAUGAGUUGAUUUGUUGAGUCAAGUAUGUUAGGGCAAAAACAAAAAUGUGUACCUCUUUGGGUUCCCAGGACCAGGAUUGGGAAACACUGGGUUACUUGUAUGUUGGGAUUUGCAUGACUAUUCAAUUUCAACUUUAUUGUUCCCGCAGGGAAAUGCUUUGUGCAGCCAGAAGUAAUCAGUGUGUGAUGACUUCUAGUUCUACUGUAUAAAUAUUAAUGUAAGAAUCUGUCUGUGGAAACUAGAUAUUAAAACUUUCUGUUCAGGACCCAUAUUUAUCAAGCGUCUCAGAGCAGAAGUGCUGAUCUAGGAUCCGGUCCGUCCAUAAUAAUCUGAAUGAUUAUGAUCUAAAAUGCCAAAAUGAUCCUAGAUCAGCACUAUGUAACUCAGUCACUUGAUAAAUGUGGGCCCAGGGCCCAUAAUCAUAAUGCGUCUCAGAGUAGGAGUUCUGCUCUAGGAUCAGUUUGGCCUUUUUAAAUCAUAAUGCAUCAGAUUACAUGGACAUGGCGGACCUGAUCCUAGAUCAGCACUCCUACUCUGAGACAAUUGAUAAAUGCGGGCCCAGUUCUCCACUGCAUGCUAUUGGGAAGAUAGUUUUCCUCCAGUAGGUCUCACAGUCCCCGUCUGUCCCACAGCCCAGCCGUCACGUCGUACAGCAGCCAGGUGGCCUUCCCUCCUCUGACCCAGUCCACUGUGUACACCGCCUUCCCCCAGGCAGGACAGACCUACGGCCUCCCACCAUUCGGUCAGUCCUUGAUCUCUCACACACACACAAACACCAUAUACGUCCCUGGUCUUCUCCUAACAUCACCUGCACAAUAAUCCAACACUACGCUUUUGUUCGUUCAUUGUUACGCUACGUCAAGCUUUUGCACUGAUUCAAAUGCCCUAAAAUUUCACUUUCACUCCUUUGACUGAAAGGUCUUUCUUUCUAACUCCUUUUUCCCUUCUCUACAUCUUUUUCUUUCCUUUUACACCUCCCUCUCCUAUAUUUUGCUCUCUCUCUCUCUCUCUCUCUCUCUCUCAUUCUCUCUCUCUCAUUCUCUCUCUCUCUCUCUGUCCAUCCCUCAGGUGCUAUGUGGCCAGGCGUUAAGACAGAGACAGGGCUGCCUGAUGCAGUGCCUUCUGUUGGCCAGCCUGGGUUUCUCAGCUUCAGCUCUGCAUAUACCUCAACCCAGCCAGGCCAGGUGCACUAUUCAUACCCCAGCCAAGGCAAGCCAUCGCCAUCUAUCAAUCUCACUACCCUAACUCACAUCAUAUAACCUAACGUAGCAGGUGUAGAAAGACGCCUGAGAGGAUUCCCUUCUUCUGUUUUUCAGGGCAAAUGGAAGUUAGGUUGAAAAUACUGUAUCCCUGAAAACUAAGAAACAUCUGCUUUCUGUCAAUGCCGCUAAGGGUGCACCUCAUAUACCGUAUUUUCCGCACUAUAAGGCGCACCGGAGUAUAAGCCGCAGCAGCUAAAUUGAAUGAUAUUGAAUGAUGUGUACAUAUAUAAGCCGCACUGGACUAUAAGCCGCAGGUGUUUUAAUGUUUAAUUACCAUAUGUAAGGGUUCGUGCACAGAGGGGAUUGUCGGGAAAGAGACAAACUGUCUCGCUCUCGUAAUGUCUGUCUGUCUUGCUCUCGUUCUGUCUCUCGUACCACUCUCGGUUCCACUUUUACUUUUGCGCGCUACCGGUCUCACUCUUUUCCGGCCUCCAGCUUUUCCUUCUGGAGCCCGCCGCUUAAAGGUGGGGGGCGUGGACCGGUCAUAGAGCCCAUAGAGUUAAAGUUGGUGGACUGUAACCUGUAAAAUCCAUAGAUUUAGGAGGUUUUCUAGUGGCCGUUAGCUGUAAAAAUCCAUAGAUUAGCCGCACCGUUAUAUAAGCCGCAGGGUCGAAAAAUGGGAAAAAAGGCGCGGCUUAUAGUCCGAAAAUUACGGUAAUACUCUUUCUAACCAAUGCUUGAUUCACACUACAGGGACAAACUGAGCCAAGCUGUGCUGGGCUGGCCUGGUUACGCAAGGCAAUGUGGAGGGAAAAUAUCCAAGCCAGCACAUUACGGUUCUGAACGGUCCCAUAGUGUGAGUCAGGCACAAGCUUACUGGACAAGAAAAUCAGGGGGCUAUGAUUUAUGCAGAUGUGUUCUUGCACUUUUCACUACUAUGGUUACUGCGCUCACUGGAGUGAAUGAUCUAUUCAUUGAAAUGGAUUGAGAUGAGGUAUUAAUUCUUGUCUGUGUUUUUCCAAUGUUUUGAGGUGUCUGUUUUCUCUCCACCAGGCUCCAGUUUCACUACAUCCAGUGUGUACACUAACAUCCCCUCAGCUACCACGGCUACACCUACAGUGACUCACCAGGUAAGGACUGGCCAGCUUUGAACAGGGAAAUUAGGGCAUCAAAAAGCCAAAAAAACUCCAAACGAUCUCUGUUAGGGCUGUGGCGGUGAUGAAAUUUUGUCAGCUGGUUAUUGUCAUGCAAAAGCCUGCUGGUCUCAUGGUAAUUGACCAUUCAUUAACAUGUUUAGCAUCUCCAGGCUUCACUCAUACAAGCCACUGAUAUGUGCCUUUUGGAACAUCUACAUAAAAAAAAUUAUAAUAAAUCAAUUUAAUAUACACCAUCACAAUACAUUAUUUAUUUAUUUUAGGCAGGUCUAAAGAAAAAUUAUUCAUAUCAUGUUUUUUUUCAGAAGAACAGAGUUGGCCUACUGUAUGUUAUCUGACUAUGCCAUAAGCUGUAGGCUUGUUCAUUUACAGUGGGGGAAAAAAGUAUUUAGUCAGCCACCAAUUGUGCAGGUUCUCCCACUUAAAAAGAUGAGAGGCCUGUAAUUUUCAUCAUAGGUAUACGUGACAGACAAAUUGAGAGAAAAAAAAUCCAGAAAAUCACAUUGUAGGAUUUUUAAUGAAUUUUAAUGAAGUUACAGCUCUCACAGACCUGUAACUUCUUCUUUAAGAGGCUCAUCUGUCCUCCACUCUUUACCUGUAUUAAUGGCACCUGUUUGAACUUGUUAUCAGUAUAAAAGACACCUGUCCACAACCUCAAACAGUCACACUCCAAACUCCACUAUGGCCAAGACCAAAGAGCUGUCAAAGGACACCAGAAACAAAAUUGUAGACCUGCACCAGGCUGGGAAGACUGAAUCUGCAAUAGGUAAGCAGCUUGGUUUGAAGAAAUCAACUGUGGGAGCAAUUAUUAGGAAAUGGAAGACAUACAAGACCACUGAUAAUCUCCCUCGAUCUGGGGCUCCACGCAAGAUCUCAACCCGUGGGGUCAAAUGAUCACAAGAACGGUGAGCAAAAAUCCCAGAACCACACAGGGGGGACCUAGUGAAUGACCUGCAGAGCGCUGGGACCAAAGUAACAAAGCCUACCAUCAGUAACACACUACACCGCCAGGGACUCAAAUCCUGCAGUGCCAGACGUGUCCCCCUGCUUAAGCCAGUACAUGUCCAGGCCGGCUACUCCGGUAAUUUCGCUGCGCCAUAGGUGAUAUUCCCCCCAAACGCUGUAUGCCAUGGGCACUCCAACCCUGCUCUAGCAGCUACCCAGUGCUUAAUUUGAGAAACCAAGUGAAAUCUGUUCGGGAACAUCGAUAGUCACAUGUUUUCACAACAAAACAUUUUUCAUUUUCACUGUUGACAGUGAAGAAAGGAAUAGAGGAGAGAGAGGGGAGAUGGAAACUCACGGUGGUGAGAGAUUCUGUAGCUAAAGGUAAUCUGUCAGUCUAUUAAUUAUGAAAAUAAAAUAAAAGUCCUAUUACUAUGCUAUUCAAAAUCUUAAACAAAUUCACUAUAAUUGUAGGCUAAAUCUGAAUUUGUUUAAUUUAGGCUAGACCAGUUAUGUAACGUUACCAAAUAUAUUUUAAAGCAGUAAUGUUUUUCUGUCGUGUGUAUGCGGUUGGCUAUGUAUUGUAUAACGGCCCAAUCAUUAUUUUAAUUCAGUUUUUGGGGGGGUAUUGGGCUCAUAUAUAAGCCUAUGCUAAUGCUUCAUCACCUUAGAAAGUCGCUGUCCAUUUCGUUGUGUUAGGCUUUGAAACAACAUCCACAAUGGCCAUGUUUUCCACUCAGUUUCAACCUAUUGUUGAACUUCUUUCAUCAAAUUGAUCAAUCAGAAUGAGGUGAAUUUUUUAAAGCACAUACUGUUUUGAUGAUAAGUGUUUGAUGUGAUUUUCGAUUGCAUUUGCAUUGAUGUUAGAGGGACAAUCGAGCCCUGAGUACCAGGCCAUUAGUGACCUGAUGAUCGUUAGUGAGUUGGAUAGGCUACUACUAAGGCAUGUCCAGAGUGCAUAAAAGGAGAUUACCGUGACUCAACUUCCAUUUAGAAUUUUACUGUGGUAAUUUUAUUUAUUUUUUGUCAUUUAGCAGACGCUCUUAUCCAGAGCGACUUACAUGAGCAAUUAGGGUUAAGUGCCUUGCUCAAGGGCACAUCGACAGAUUUUUCACCUAGUCUGCUCGGGGAUUAGAACCAGCGACCUUUCGGUUACUGGCACAACGUUCUUAACCACUAAGCUACCUGCCGCCCCACGUCAUGACUCAUGACUGCCCUAGUCUCUGUAGCAAAAUGUCACUGGAGCAUACGUCAAGUUACAUCUCUAUACAGAGCCUUCAUUGUGUUGCAUGGUCGUCACAAUGCAUUCACGGAGUAUGUCUAAUGGAGUAUGGUUGCCUCACAAAUGGCACCCUAGUCCAUACAUAGUGCACUUUUGACCAGAGCCCUGUGGGACACAACCUGUAAAUCCAUCCUUGGAUUGUUUCAUAUCCCUUCUCUGUAUGCGUGUCUUGUGCUGCAGGAGUUCAGCAGCUAUAACUCUCUGGGCCAGGCCCAGUUCCCUCAGUACUACGCCCCGCCUCCUAGCUACGUGCUCGCCGGCCAGCCCAAUAGCGAAGGGAAUGGAUCCAGUGUGGGUGUGGCUGGCUAUCCAGCCAUCAAGACCGAGGGAAGUGCCUCCGCUGGACUGCCCAGCACUACAGGUACUUCAGCCUUACCUCAUAACAAUAGCUAGUACAGUCUUGCCUAGGGUUGGUAGGUUACAAAAGUUAACAUAAUUUGGGUAAUUAACAAAAUCAAUGGUAACUUUGGUAAUUUAUACUGGAAUAACUUUUAACAAAUGUAUUCGUAUAUAGUAUACAUUUUUUAUAUCGGUGUCAUAUUGUCCAUGAGUUUCUAGUAGAUAGACCAAUAUGAUUCAAGAGAAAAGAGCCUAAUUAAUGAAAAAAGCAUCUAAUCAACAAUUACAUUAUUUUCAAUUAACUCUGCAACUCUUCCAACUAUUGACGUUUUUCACAACUGCCACCAGUUUGACGCCAAAACAUUGAUGACAAAUACAUAUUGAAAUAGUAAAAUAAAUGGGUGGGAAAAAAAUAUGAAGGAUAUUUCAUGCAUGGUUUAUAUUUAGGAUAAUGUUUUACAGCUUUGUUAUUCUAUUUUUAUGUUAAAAUCAUCUUAUUUAAUAUAUUUUACAUGCGAUAAGGCCACAUAGAUGGCCAGAGAUCAUUAGACACCUGUAAAAAGCUGAAGUACCCAAAAGGGCCAUUAGAUGUCUUGUGAUAGAUUACAUAAAAUCCUUAAAAGAUGCCAACAUUCUGGUAGUUUAGCUGGUAAACCUAGAAAGUUUCCAGUAAUAUACCCUCCCUUUGCAACCUUAGUCUUACCUUUAGGACCAUGCAGGUAUCUAUAGGUACUUCUGAUCACUCCCAUUAUCGGUUUCACUCUGCCUUACCGUAUGAAUGUCAGUUCCAUGUUUAUAAUAUAGCUGGAUGGAUAACACUGGGAUCCAGUAGUUAUUGUGUUAUCAACAUUGCUUUGAUUACGGGCUUGUUAGGCCAUUUAGGCUGAGGUGUUCAACAUUCAGAAACAUGGAGGAUUGUGUCAGUGCUCAACUGAAUUGUCAACUAUCUAUCCUCAACCUGUCUGCCCUCUCCCUCAGACCCGUCUCCACGUGAAAACCUCCCGACCGGAGUGGCCCUCCCGACAGGGGUGGCUCUCCCCACGGGGGCCCGGGACCAGGAUGAGGCAGGGAGGAGGAACCCUGCUGGGAAGGCCAAGGGGAAGGCCAAGAAAUCAGACAGCAACCAGCCCACUGACAACGACCUUGAGGUAACUAUAGGACCCAUAUGAACAGAGAUGCACAACCACUUACUCACUCACAGUCACAUACACAUUUACCAGCGACUCAGAUGAGGGGUUCUUUUAAAGUAACUUUUUAGUAAAAAUCUCACUUAAAAGUUCAUAGUCUGUUAACUCGUACCCAAAUAAUGUAGUUGACUCAUCCUAUACUUGUAUUUGUGGCCAAAGCAUAAAUUAAAAUAAAAUAAAAAACACUUCAAAACCCCCACCUAAGACUGUUUUAAAAGAUGCAGUCAUUCAUAUACAGACGUACAAAUUAACCAGCUACUCAGGUGACUGGUUAUUUGUCUUAUUUAUGUAUCUGCUCUGGAAAAUGUUAUUUCAUUUUUACAUGUUCAUGUAAUUUUACAAGAUUCAUAAUUUCUGAUUAAUCCCACUCCUUAGUUACUGACCCAUUCCUCUCCCGUCUCUUUCAGAGAAUCUUUCUAUGGGAUCUGGAUGAAACCAUCAUCAUUUUCCACUCUCUACUCACCGGGUCCUUCGCUCAGAAGUUUGGCAAGGUGUGUCUUUGGGAAUGAUAAAAAACAUUGGGGAAAUCACAACAAUCAUGUUUUGAGCUAUCAUUUAUUAUUUUACACAUCUGUGUAAUAGAGAAUUUCUCUGUUGAUAUGUGGUAAGAUUUCUAUUGAUAUGAAUAUAACCUAUGUCCUGUUGGGGCUGUGUAGGACCCUGCCACAGUACUGAACCUGGGUCUUCAGAUGGAGGAGCUGAUCUUUGAGCUGGCAGACACACACCUGUUCUUCAAUGACCUGGAGGAGUGUGACCAGGUCCAUGUUGAAGACAUGGUUUCUGAUGACAACGGACAGGAUCUGAGGUAUUGAUAUGUCUUCAGUUAUGAUGCUGCUGGAUACAACCAGUAAACGCAAGAGGCCAUACUAUUUAGCUAAAUAAUGAUGAUUUGUGAUGCUUAUAUCAGGAAACGGUAGAGACUCAGUGACCCUACUUUCCACGCUAGCCACAUACAAACCUCUCAUCCGCCUCCUCUCAGCACCUAUAACUUCCUGGCGGACGGCUUCAACGGCCCCAGUGGUGGAGGGGCCCCAGGGGCCACCACUGGAGUCCAGGGUGGAGUGGAGUGGAUGAGGAAACUGGCCUUCCGCUACCGCCGUCUAAAGGACAUCUAUAACGGAUACAAAGGGAACGUGGGAGGUGAGAAGUGUGACUGCGUGUCAACUGUAUUUGUGUUCAAAUUCGAACUAAUCACCGGACUGUGACUUACUGGGAAACCCUUAGGGCACGGCAUCCAAACACUGAUGACAUCUGAAUAGUUCCCCCAAUAUUACUUUGAGAUGUUAGUUGAUGCAUUGUUCAAAUAAAAACGGUAUGCUUUUGUGUAUUCUUGCCCUGUCAUAGUAUCGCCUGUGAGGAAUAUUCCUGUUUGUGCACAGUCAUUUUAUUUUUUUGUGUGUGGCAUACUGGAAUCUAGAAUCUAACCAGACAUUGAUAUAACAGCCAGAUCUAAAGCCAGAUACCAAUACAUUAUAAAAGAACAGGGAGAUGAUGGGGAGGUUGUAAUUGUGUUCCUGCGCCAUCUCCUGGUUGCUGUGGUAAUAACACCUCUAAACGCCCAGCUCUGAUAUCAUUGUUUUUGUAUACAUUUACAUUUUAGUCAUUUAGCAGAUGCUCUUAUCCAGAGCGACUUACAGUUAGUGAGUAUACAGUAUCAUUGCAAGAAAUUGGUGAUGCUAUAAUUGUGUGUUCUUGCGCCUAUCCUGGUAAUAACGCUCUCCUCUAGGCCUGCUGAGUCCCAUGAAGAGGGAGCUGCUCCUUCGACUGCAGUCUGAGAUGGAAAAUGUGACAGAUGCCUGGCUCAGCACGGCACUCAAAUCCUUGCUGCUCAUCCAGUCCAGGUCAGCACAGUGAGAUUGACGUUUUAGACAAUCUGUAUUCAAAUUUUACAGUUUUUAACUUGAUGUUUUUUAACAGAAAUUUGGACAGUGUAUAGUAGUGUAGUUUAUUGUGGCCUUGCUCUCACAGUGUGUGUGCAUCCUUGUCCACAGGGGUAAGUGUAUGAAUGUCCUGGUGACGACCACCCAGCUAGUGCCUGCUCUGGCCAAGGUGCUGCUCUACGGCCUGGGGGACGUCUUCCCCAUAGAGAACAUUUACAGCGCCACCAAGAUAGGUAAACUAAACCACUAACACAUUUUUUUACAUUUGAGUCAUUUAGCAGACACUCUUUUCCAGAGCGACUUACAGCAGUCCCCGUAGCUGUGGGGUUUAAAGGAUUUGUAUUUGAUCCAAGGUGGAUGAAAUAGAUUAAAUCCAGAGUUUGAGUAUCUCAGCUGAAAGUCAAUCUACUAAUGUGUGUGUGUCCUUAUGUGACUAUUUGCUUUUCCUGUGGUCUUUCUGUAGGGAAAGAGAGCUGCUUUGAGCGCAUCGUCUCUCGCUUUGGGAAGAAGGUGACCUAUGUGGUGGUAGGAGACGGUCGUGAUGAGGAAUUUGCAGCAAAACAGGUAGACCUAUGUGCAUUUGGGUAUUGGCUGCAUAUUACAAGGUAUUAAGACUGAACAAACAGCCGGCAGUAAUUAUUCUGUGUUGCAUACAGUAUGGCAAGUACUUCUGGUAUUCACCAUUUUACACUCAACACUGCAGUAAAUAAGUCUUGGUGUAUUGAUUUGACUGUUGGUUUCUCUGCUCUGUCUUUGCAGCACAACAUGCCUUUCUGGCGUAUCUCCACCCACGGGGACCUAGUAUCCCUCCACCAAGCCCUGGAGCUAGACUUCUUGUAGAGUGGAAGGGAUAGAGGUCUGACAGAGGGAAACAGUCAGUCACCCCUCUGUUCGCUUGUGGAGUGACUUAUUAUUAUUAUUAUUAUU